AUGGUAAAUGAACAGGCUAUUGGCUUAGUAACAGAGGCCUUUACAAUGAAUGACGUAAAUGAGACAGAGAUGAUUGAGGAAGAAAAACAAAAGACAAUGAUGAGGACGAGGAUGGACAAACAGGACGCAUGUCUCAAGUUCCCACAGCAAUCGACAUUACAGACGACACUUGGCGUGGCUUCAUUUGCUGCAAGUUAUGUGCUAUUUCCAUAUAUUUAUGCAGGUAAAGCAGCUGUUCAUGCAACGUCAACAGUUAUGAGAGCCCCAAUAUAUUUGACAAAUCAAGUCCGAGCGAGUAUCGUGGAGUCAUGGACGAGAUCUCGUUCCAAUCAUGUUGAUACGGAUACUUUUGAGGAAGACUUGGCGAGUGAUACGAGCACUGUGAGUGACGUUUAUAGUGAUAAUGAGGAAGUCAUGGAGUCAUUAUUGGCUGAGAAAGUGACAAGUGGUGGACAAGAGAUUUCCACACACGAGAGUGGUGUCAUCUCUCAAUUACUCUAUUUACCUGUACGCCUCGUGCAGAGUAGUGUCUCGACGGCUGUGGCAAUUCCUACACAGGUUGUGACAUAUAGUGGACAAAAAAUAUCAGGUGCAGUAUCAGCAUCUCAUGCAUUAGCAACAUCGGCAGUUGUGGCGUCAACUGAUGGUGUUGCGAGGACGGGAAUGCACGUAGCGAGAGGUAUUACUAAUGGAGCUGUGUCCACGGCGUCGUUUACGGCUUCGAUAAUAUCUGGAGCGGUUGGAGCUUCGGUGAGGACUGUGAGCUAUGCGAUUCUGCCGUCAGUAUCGAACGUUGUAUGGCAAGGCAUGGAUAUCACUGGCAAUGCGUCGGUAAAUAUGUUGUCACAUGCAAUUGCGGUGCCAUCGUAUCGGAUGCUGCGAGCGUUGGUACCUACUGUAAGCAAUUGUUUCUUGGAGGAAGAUGUGGUAAAUGAGACAAAAGUUGUAAUAAAAAUGCUGGUGAAACUGCUGGGUCCGCAGAACGCAUUCUACCUACUGAAAUGGGCCUACGAGACAGUUAACAGUGAAGAAGCGCACGACGCGUUUUUACUGUGCCGUGAUAUUUUGCACGAGUCACUGGAUGGAAAGAAUUACCGGAUUGCUGGAGCAUCGGUGGGUGCAGCCACAGGUUUCACUAGGGUUGUGCAUGUGAUGAAAGAGGCGUACACCGUGCUGCCAUCAUUUGAUGAGCUGCUAGAUGCUGCUGUCCUUGUUGCUGACAUAUCGGACGAAGUGGUUGAUGGGGUCACUAAUGCCGUAGCUGCGGAGAGAAGUUUGGAUCCGUUGGAUGAAUGUCGCUUUGAGUAUGUAGAUGAUGACGAGGAGCUUUGGGCGCAAGGUAUCGUAGAGCCCACGGAUACGACGUUUGAGUAUGAAGAAAGCACUCUAUCAUCAGAAAAGGAGCUGAAUUCGCUGUUUGAUUCAGGCCUUUCGCUGUUGGCGCGAGCUUGCGACAGUGAAGAAGCAUCGUCACUGUUUAACACGUUUGGCGACUUCCUUGAUGUGUUGGUAGAUUAA